AUGGAUGUGGCACAUUGCUAUUUAGAAGGUAAUGCAGAUGCUGUUGAGUUUUGCCCACAUAAUGGGCACCAUAAUGUUUUAGCAGCAUCCACUUACACACUACACGAAGGUGAUCAACCCACUAGAUGUGGAAGCAUUUCACUAUUCAAUGUUGACGGGAACACAAACAAUUUUCACACCGUUUAUAGUGAGGAGACUAGUGGGAUUUUCGACAUAAAGUGGAAUCCACCCUCAGGGAACACGGGUCCUUUUUUAGGUCAAGCAGAUGCGGAUGGAUACUUGAGAAUUAAGAAGCUGGAUGGUUGCUAUGAUGGAGUACAAGGGACUUGUUUAAAAGAGAUUACAAGCGAGAAAAUCAGUAACUCAAUGUGUUUGUACCUGGAUUGGAAUCCUUUAUCGACAUCGAUCACAGUUGGGCUUUCUGAUGGCUGUGUUUCUAUUGUUUCUCUCCUUGAAUCCAAAUUGGAAAUACAAGAGGAGUGGAACGCACAUGAUUUUGAACUUUGGACAACCUCUUUUGAUAUCCACCAGCCAAAUUUGGUGUAUACUGGCUCUGACGAUUGUAAGUUUUGUUGUUGGGAUUUGAGGGAUAGUCCUUCCAAUCUUGUAUUUAAGAACUCUAAAGUCCACAAAAUGGGUGUUACUAGCAUUGAAAAGAGUCCUCAUGACCCAAAUAUAUUAUUAACUGGCAGCUAUGAUGAAUUCUUGAGGGUUUGGGAUUUAAGAUCAAUCUCAAAACCUGUUGAUGAAACUUCAAUCAGUUUAGGUGGAGGUGUUUGGAGGGUGAAGCAUCAUCCCGACAUUCAAGGCCUUGUUUUGGCUGCCUGUAUGCACAACGGUUUUGCGAUCGUUGGUAUUAAAGGCGACAAAGCUGAGGUGUUGGAAACAUACAAGAAGCAUGGUUCACUUGCAUAUGGAGCAGACUGGCAGAAAGGAGAAGUGAAGCUCAUUGAAGGGAGAAGUAAACCAGUAGUGGCCACUUGCUCAUUCUAUGACAAACUUGUCAGGGUAUGGAGGACCAGUAAUGAUAUUAUCUUGUAA